AUGACUGCUAUCAGUGUAGCCACUUCUCACGCCAAGAAGCUCAUGAAGCUCACUAUCUCUAUCUUCUGUCCACGCUUCAACUCUUCAAAAUGUAAAACGGCGGCAAAGAUGGCAGUGGCAAGGAUAAAGUUGUUGAGCAAUAAGAGAGAGGCGGUGGUAAGGCAAAUGAGGAGAGACAUUGCUUUGCUUCUACAGUCAGGUCAAGAUGCUACUGCUCGUAUCCGGGUUGAGCAUGUGAUAAGAGAGCAGAAUGUUUUGGCUGCAAAUGAGUUCAUUGAGCUCUUCUGUGAGUUGGUUGUGUCUAGACUUCCAAUCAUUGCGAAGCGAAGGGAAUGCCCAGCAGACCUGAAAGAAGGGAUUGCUAGUUUAAUAUUUGCAUCUCCAAGGUGCUCAGAAAUUCCAGAAUUAGUAGCAAUCAGGAAGAUUUUUGAGAAGAAGUAUGGGAAAGAUUUUGUGUCUGCAGCUACUGAUCUGCGACCUAACAGUGGUGUAAAUCGUUUGUUAAUCGACAAGCUAUCUGUGAGAACUCCAACUGGUGAAGUGAAGCUGAAAGUCAUGAAGGAAAUUGCCAAAGAACACCAGAUUGAAUGGGAUACUACAGAAUCUGAGGAGCUUCUUAGGGCUCCAGAGGAGAUGAUAGAGGGACCAAACACUUUUGUCAGUGCUUCCAGUUUACCCAUUAAGCCAGCUCCAAUCAAGCAUGUUGAGCCAAAUCAACCAAUUGCUAGGCCAAUCAUUGAAGGGGAAAUGGGCAACAUGUAUUUUGAAGAUACUGCGACCGCUGCUCAAGCAGCUGCAGAAUCUGCAAAGCAAGCAGUUGCAGCUGCCCAAGCUGCUGCUUAUUUAGCCAACAACGGCCUGAAUCAGGUCCCUUUGGUGACUGGUUUGAACCACAAGUUGAAUGCUUCUAGCAUCAAUCAUGGAUUUGGAAUGCUUUCUGGCAAUUCCACUUGCCUUUCCAUGCCAAAUGAUUCCCAGGUCAACUAUCAGAGGAUGGAUCAUUGUUCCAAUGCUCCAGGGAGGACAUAUGAGUCCCAGAGUUUUGAUAGGUCUCAUUAUCAAGGCAAGGAACGGACAAUACCCAUGCAGACAGAUGGCAAACAUGUAUGUAGGAGACACAGCUACAAUGAGACAAGACCAACGCAGAUGGAUGGUCAAAAUGUCUCCCGGAGACACAGUUACAAUGAGGUGAGGCCAAUGAAGAUGGAUGGUGAAAACAUUUCUAGGAGACAGAGCUACAACACUAGCUCUCCACAUGCAGAUAUAAAGUUCGAUGAAGCAGACUGUGAUGAAGAGAUUGAAACAGAAGAACCACCUGCUCGUGUUUAUCGACUGCCGCCUGAACACUCUCCACCACCAGUGCCUUCAUCUCAUGUUAAUCUGGACCCUGUUCCUCGAGUUCAUCCAAAAUUACCAGAUUAUGACGAACUUGCUGCCCGUUUUGAAUCUCUGAAAUAUCGAAAGUCAUAA